AUGGCGUCUCUCUUCUCCUUUGUUGAGCCGACUCGCGUCUCCUCUCCCUGGAGGCAGUCCGAAACUUCGGGUAGCGGCCCCGGCAGCCCCCGGCCAACACCCGGCGAUGCCGGCGCGUAUGCCCUUCCCGAACCCGGACUUCUCUCCGAGUAUGGCAUCUCUAGGCUAGGCCCGGAGCCUCAGGAAGGUCCGAUAGAAUACAAACUGCAUCUCAUGCUCCGGCCGAGGCGGGUCUAUAGCCACAUUAGCACCGCUCCGCACAUCUCUGGCUCGGUACAAGCUCGGCCGGCUCCCGCCUCUGCGAAGCAGUUGGGCUCCCCGCUCCAGCCGUCAGUCUCGACCCAAAGUCGCCAGGAAAGGCUCUCGCACUUGACCACCCAGCUUCUAUGGAGGUUGAAGCAGUCCUCUCCCAACCAUGUCACAAGCUCCCGCCAAGACAUUCUCAUCCCUCGGCUGCCGGAGGACAUUGUUGAUGCGAGCCAGCUCGUGAAGCCGGAUAAGCUGCCAGUAGGUCUUGAGGAAUCUCUAGGUGCCUUGUACGAGAUUGGUGUAUCCGAUGAUGGUACAUUGGUAGGCCUCACCAGAGACGAGUUGGACGAGAGCAUCCUCGUCCUGAGGAACAUGGCGGCCAGUCUUGGCUGCGACGUCAAGAUCCUUCGCAUCGUCGAAGUGGGCCUGUGCGAGUUCCGCGAGGGAGACGAUUCCCCGAAGCAAGGCCCUCGGACACCCCCGAGCCCUCGUUACAGCGCCAGAAGCUCUGGGUGUGCGAAGCCGUCGUCACACCGGAUCUCGGUCUCAGCAGCGCCCCGCGUUCCCCAACCCCGGAAACAACGGCUCGGCACCGGCCAUCGUGCGGUCGACCACCGCACAGCUACGGAUCACCUUGACGGGACCCAGUACUGCGGGCAAGUCGACCCUCCUCGGCACCCUUUCCACCGGCACCCUAGACAACGGGGAGGGAGCAGCCGCCUCGGUCUACUCAAGCACCGGCACGAGGUCGCCUCCGGCGUGACUAGCUCGGUCGCCCAGGAGCUCAUCGGGUACAAAGACGACGAAAUCUUCAACUUUGGGCGGCCCGACAUCGAAUCGUGGAUCAACAUUCACGACGGCGCCGAGGACGGCCGUCUCGUCUUCGUCUCCGAUUCGGCCGGCGCCACCCGGUUUCGCCGAACUAUCCUACGCGGCCUCAUUGGCUGGGCGCCGCACUGGAUCAUCCUGUGCAUCGCGGCCGACGACAAAGACUUUGCGACCGGCGCCCACGGAACCGACGCGACGCGCGGCGAGCAGUCCUUGAAUGCUGCCGCGGCCCACCUGGACCUGUGCCUGAAGCUAGGCGUCCCCCUCGCGGUCCUUCUCACCAAAGGAGACGCCUCGGGCAUCGCCGUGAUCAAGCCCAUCCUGGAGCGCGUCAUGGCGGCCACGAAAGCGGCGGGCCGCGAGCCGCAUCUCGUACGCACCGGCCAAGAGUGCCACGCCAAUCCCACCCACGUCCCCGCGGACGACGUGAACAAGAUCCGCGCCGUCGUCGCCAAGAUGGACAGACCGGUCGGCCACGUCCCUAUCGUCUUGACGAGCUCGGUCAUGGGCAAGGGCAUCGGCCUCGAUUUCACCGGGCCGGUGCUGAAUCCCGAGCAGCCCGUCACUCUCUUCCACAUUGAAGAAAAGUACAACCUCCCGCGCGGCACGCCCCGUGUCCGCGGGCUACAGCGACCCGGUGGACGAGGGGAUCGUGGUUUCCGGACACCUGCGGUUCGGAGACCUCCAGGUGGGCCAUCGCGUAGUCGUGGGGCCUUUCCCGCCCGAGGAAGACGACGAUGCGGGCGAGCCGCGGCCGGAAGACAGGCCGUCCCCGGCAGUUACUCGGCGCUGAUGUCCGCGCACCAGAAUGCGGGCGAGCUGGCCCGGCUCGCGAUCAAGAACGCCGUCUCCGCCUCCAAGAUCAAGGGCGAGUGGCACGACGCCACCAUUGUCAGCAUUCGAAACCUUCGCCUCUCCGUCAUUGCUCUGGAAGCCGGCCAGGUGGGUUCCGUCGGCCUCGUGCUCGACAAGCCCGAGCACAUGCAGCGCAUCCGCAAAGGAAUGGUGAUUGCCGUGCCGUCCCACCACAUGAGGAAGACGGGCGUCUCGCUGCAGGCCGCGAGCGGCCUCACGGCCCUCGUGCGGACGGCUGCCAAGGUCGUGCGCGUGGCGGAGGCCCGCCCCAAGGAGGACGGCAUCGGCGAGCCGGACGGCGUCUUCAGGCUCGACGACCAGCUGGAGGGCGGGCAGGACACGCAAAACGGGGCGGGCUCGGCCGGGGUCGAGGUGGCGCUGGAUAUCCUGUCGAGCCGGGAGUGGGUGGAGCUGGGGUCGCAAAUAGUGGUGUUGGAGGGCGGUAGGUCCGGGUUGGAUGCGCUCGUGGGCAGGGUGAUCGAGGUAGCGGACUACUAG